UCUAGGGCUAGGGCGAAGCUCUUUUCGUCUCUGGGCGAUGGAAGCCGGUGAUGGUGUCGCGGGUCUCGUCAAGCAGCUCGUCCAGCGGAUUUUCCCGGCGGCCAAGCAGCAGCAGCAGCAGCAGCGCGGCGAUGGCGAUCUGGACGCUGUGGCGGAUCAAGCCUUCAGGUACGCGAUGCGCAUCGUGGGAUCCCGCAUUGUGUCGUCGCUGGCCAGCGACGAGGCAGCCAUGGCCGAGUCUAUCAAGCGGCAGCUGGUGAUGGAGGGGCGCUCCUCGGACGCCCUCACGUUCGCGGAUUUGCACCGCCGCCUGGCGGCACUGAGCGGCCCGGGCAGCAUCGAGAACCGCUGGGCGAUGCUCUAUCUUCUCAGGGCCGUGGCGGAGGACCAGCGGCGGGAAAGAGCCGAGACGAGGGGCACGGCGGUGCCGUUCACGUCCACAAUCUCCGCCCACGCUGCCGCUGGAGGGCUACCAGCAUUGCCGGAUUCCACGAACGAGAAGCUUGCAGCAGCACCUCAAAAUGGUGGUGGUGGUGGCGGAGUGCUCGUUCUUGCCAGGGACUCGGACACCGUCAAGGCCACCGCUCUCCGAGAGUUUGGUGAUCUUACACAGGAAUCCUUUGAGCUCUCCGAGGCGGCGCUUGUCCGGGACGUUUUGUACGCUUGCCAGGGGAUAGAUGGCCGGUACGUAAGGUUUGACAAGGAGGCCGAUGGAUACAUCGUGGACGAGAACUUGAGGAUCCCAAGAGCGACGAGGGUGCUCGUCCGGCGGCUCUGCGAAGUUGGCUGGCUCUUCAAGCGCGUCCAGGGGCACAUCUCCGAGACGCUCGAGCAGGGUACUAUGGAGGUGAUUGGGACGGUCGGGCAAGCAUUGAGCUCGGCGCUACAAGAGGAGCUAUCCGAGUACUAUCGACUGAUGGCCGUGCUCGAGGCGCAACUCCACAACCAGAUACCGUUCCUGGCCGUAGGAGAGACCGGGAAGAGCGUCGGGAACUAUCUCUCGUUGCGGAGGCUGUGGGUAUGGCUGGCCGAGCCUCUGGCACGAAUGAGGUUGAUGGCUGUGCUGGUUGACGAUUGUAAGUGUUUGAGAGGGGGAGCCAUGGCCGGAGCCAUACACGCCCACGCUCAGCACGGUGACCCGCUGGUGAGGAGUUUCAUGAGCCGGCUUCUGCGAAGAGUUUGCUCUCCGUUGUUCGAGAUGGUGAGACGCUGGGUGCUGGAAGGCGAAGUGGACGACUUGUAUGGAGAGUUUUUCAUUCUGGCUCAACCGGUCAAGGCUGAGGCGCUGUGGAGGGAAGGAUAUAGCUUGCAAAGUGGAAUGCUACCGUCUUUCAUUCCAGAGCCGCUUGCUCAGAGGAUACUGAGAACGGGGAAGUCCAUCAACUUUCUGCGGGUCUGCUGCGAAGACCAGCAGUGGGCGACGGAGGCCGCGGAGGCUCUGGCGGCUGCUGGAGCUUCUGCCAAUGCGGGGAGCCUGGGAUACGGAGAGACGGAAGUUCUCGAGACUCUGGUGGUCGAGGCAGCCGGAAGGAUCGACCGUCACGUCAUCAAGAUCAUAUACGAGCGCUACAAGUUUCGAGACCACUGCUUGGCUAUCAAGAGGUACCUUCUGCUGGGCCAAGGGGACUUCAUUCAGUAUCUGAUGGAUCUCGUCGGACCCGACCUCUCGCAGCCGGCAAACACCGUGAGCUCAUUCAAGCUGGCGGGGCUUUUGGAGAGCGCCAUCCGAGCCUUGAAUGCACAGUAUGACGACACCGAAGUUCUCGACCGGCUGAGAGUAAAGAUGAUGCCUCACGGCGACGGAGACCGAGGCUGGGACGUUUUCUCUCUCGAGUACAACGCAAGGGACCCCCUGACGACCAUCUUCACCGAGCAAGUCAUGGGGAGCUACCUUCGCAUCUUCAACUUCCUCUGGAGGCUCAAGCGAGUGGAGCACGCACUGAGCGCGACCUGGCAGACGAUGAAACCGAAUUGCUCGCUCGGGCGGCCGUGGACGAGCGUCGUGGACGGGGCCGUGAAGUCGCAGCUGGUUGCGGUGCUGCGGCGGUGCCAGACGCUCCGGACGGAGAUGAACCACUUCGUCACGAACCUCCAGUACUACAUCAUGUUCGAGGUGCUCGAGUACUCGUGGGCCAACUUUCUGGAAGAGAUGGAGGAGGCCCACGACCUGGACGAGCUGAUCGCCGCUCACGAGAAGUACUUGGGAUCGAUCAUGGAGAAGGCGCUGCUCGGAGAGCGAUCCCAGCUGCUGUCCAAGACGCUCUUCACGCUGUUUGAUCUCAUCCUGCGCUUCCGGGGCCUCGCGGAUCGGCUGUACGAGAAUGCUCGAGAGGUCCAGACCAGGGGUAGAAACGCGACCAAGCAGCACACCACCGAGUUUUUUGCCACCAUGGGCGAAGAGAUGGUGGCGAUUGCUGCCGAGUACUCGUCGCUGCUGGAAGGAUUUAUCGCCCAGCUCCCCGUCCAGCAGCACGUUGAUCUCAAGUUCUUGUCCUUCCGGCUGGAUUUCUCCGAGUUCUAUACACGGCAACACAUGCACACGCCAAAUGUCCGGCUCAAGAUCAAAAGAACUGCCACUCCAAAGAGCUAAGUUUCACUUCACUGUUUCUCUCUCUCUCCCUCUCUCUCUCCAGAGGACGAAGAAGAAGGAGAAGAACUUCUCGCUCGUUUGCUCUCUCGGCAAAAAGAAAGGAAAAAAUCGGCCCGGCUUUUCUGGUUUUGUUCUUUUUGUAAACUAACAAGGAAAUUGAAUUCCCGCCGAUUAGGGUUUUUUAAAAUUAAA